ACAAUGAAGUAUUUAAAUAGUAUUUAGAUCAUGAUAAAGUUAUUGGCUUGUCUAAAGAUGACUUAAGGUUUAAUUUUUUUCUUAAAUAGUCUUCUCAAAUAGCUUGAUUGAUAUUUAGGAAGGAAAAAGAAUUUAUAAUUAUUUCGUUGAACGGUACAUCAAAUAGCAGAUAAAAAAGUAGAGAUGUGUAUAAUUAAAAUUAACCACAAGUAAAUAAAAACUGAGAAGAUAGAAAUCUGAGUGCAAAUAAAUUGAACAAUAAAUCAGAAAUUAUUAGAAUAAAUUGACAUCAAUGACUUAGACUUAAAUAUCACAAAUAUAAGAUAUUUCAAUGAUAAGUAAAGAAUAGAAGCAGUGA